AUGAAAGACUACGAGGAGGACGUGACGGUAGUGGCUUCUAUGGAGUUGUACCAUGGUGACGAAGAAUCGGGUAGUGGAAGUACAGAACUGAGUGGCGAUCCCUUGCUCAUCGAAGAGACCGAAGAGAACCCGGAUGAAGUCGAUGUUGUGGUUGUCAAGAAGAAGAGGAACUUUGUAUGGGCGUUGGGACUCUUUGUGUGUCUCUUGUUGUUGGUCUUUGUGGUGAUUGUGCCUGCGGUGGUCGUUACCAAAAACAAGAAGAACAAGGCGGUGGAAGCUCCCGCGGUGGACAACGUUCAAAACAACAGCAACGAAACCACGACCGAACCUCCGCCGCCGCAAGAAGCAGAGAGCGUCAAACCCGUCGAGCCAGAAGACGAAAACCAGCCGUUUGCCUUGGAGAUCCCUGAAGAUGCGCGGAUCCCCACGUUCUCUGCGGAUGUCUUGACAGGGUAUACCUCUCGAAAGGAAUUUGAAGAGGAUCUCAUCCGGGCGGCCAAGCACAUGGUCUACCAGAUCAUCAACUUUAAUAUCUACCAUCAAGAUCAGCAGUACAAUCAAUACCAAGAUCAGCAGUACAAUCAAAACCAAGAUCAGCAGUACAAUCAAUACCAGGAGGGGGAGCAGCUGGCUGAAGACAUGACAGAGGCAAACGGAGACGACGCAGCAGUACCAGAUACUGUACCGGUAUCCAGCGAGGAGGUAGCUGUGGCUAGGGAGGAAGUGCCGGCGGUCCAAGAACGAUCUGGCGGAGACGAGGACGAGGAAACCAAAGUAAAGCAAGAGAAGAAGAAGAAAGAGGAAGAAGAAGACAAGGAAGCCGACUUUAUUGUUCGUGAUGACAACUAUGUCUAUGCCGCCUACGGAGACUAUGUGUUGGUCUGGGAUCACCAAGGAAACUCUGUGGAACAUUUGAAGAUGCCCUCACCGGAAGGAGAAGAACCCGGUCGACACAGGGGUUGGCAGCCCAAGGCACACAUUAAUGCUCUCUUUUUGACACAAGAUCAUCUCAUUGUCCUGGCCAGUCACUAUGGAGGCCACUACUGCAGGCGUCGCCGUCAUCUCAGUGAGCCCAUCCCUGUGAUGUAUCGGGAUCCUUGUGGCGGCCGUCCCUAUUUGAGCGGAGACAACACGGAAGUUCGCGUGUAUGCCAAGCCUCAAAACAACGAAAUGCCCCUCGUCCGAUCCAAGAAUAUGCGCGGUUCGUACUCGAACGCGGUCUUGAUGCCGAAUUCGCUCCAAGUCAUUACGUCGUCGUGGCUCGAUGUGCACUUUGAUGGGUUGGACGUUCACCACUUUCCUUGGGCCACCAAGGAACAAUACGUCGAGAAGGCCAUGGGAAUGGCAUCCAAGAACCUCAUCCCCAAGUUUGUGGAAGAAAUCAGUGAGGCAAUCUUUGGGGAUCAAGAAGACGACGUCAAGAACAUGAUGCGAAUCAACACGUGGGGGGCCGACGAGGACACCGCGCCCACGGGCAGGUCUUAUGGACGAGACAUUAUGGAGGCGUACAACGAAAUCACUUUGAUGGAUAUCAGCAGCCUUACCACGCAAGAAGAUAACGAAGAAUCGAUCAAGACGUCCGUCUCGAGCUUCUUCGGUCCUAACGUGGAAAGGGUAGAAACAAGCGACUCGUCUCUUGUCUUGUCCAUGAGAUCUUCUCGCUGGGAUGACGCCACGGGUCGCAGCAAUGAUUCUCUCUUCUUGGUGUCCAUGAUGCAAUCGUUGGAGGAGGACGACCCCUUGAAGAUGGAGUUCCAUUCGCUCGCCAAGUUGGAGGGUCGUCUUUCCGUGCACUCACCCGGUAGUGCAUUGGAUAUUCGCGGCUCGGAUCUUCGUGUGGUCAGAACCAUUCAACGAUGGGAUCAUUUCGGUAACGUUUGGGCCAACUGCGGCGACAUUUACUACCAAGAAGACAUGUGCUUGGACGGGAGCAACUGGAUCCAAUGCUCCACGGUUGCCUGGGGGUGCCCGGGUACUUUGGUCAAGAGCGGUGGAUGCCCCUACACCGAGUUCACCUGCGAGACGGAUCCUGACGAGCCAACUUCCUCCACCGAGAAUUUUGUGACUGUAUUGGACCUUUCGCCACAAGGCGAGAUGGUGGAGCACGGAACCCUUCAAGUCGGGAACGACCACGAAGCCGUCACAUCGGUCUACUUUGAUGAAUCGGCUGGCUAUGUCACUACGUUCGACCAUACUAUCGGCUUGGUUCCGGGUAUGUUUCCUGAGCUCAUGAAUGAGCAGGAGAUGGGGGAGAUGCCAGAAUUGCCAAUGAGGAAGGAAAGCUUCUACGUCCUGGACCUUGAUGUGGCUCAGGGGCCCUCCCUACGAACCCAUGUCGUCCUCGAGCAGGGUGCGAGAAGCUCCCUCAGACCUCUGGAGAUUGACGAUGACAAGACUCUGCUGAUUGGAAUGGGUCAAAACACCACCACGACGAGUUCCGACGAAAGACACAGGCCAAGGAGUUCAUGGGGCUUGAUCACUGUCUUUGAUGUAUCUGAUCCGGAUGCCCCACAAGUGGUGGCGGAUCGCAUUCUGGCCAACGAAGCUGGUUUCGAGACCCACUCAGACGCCGAAUGGGACGCAAAGGCGGCCACGCUCUACAAAGACGGCGGUAUUCUGGUGAUCCCCGUGCAGAUGUAUCGGUCGUAUUAUCCCUCUGACGAUUUCCACAACGAAGAGGUUGAACAUCUCGAGGAGGAGCUUUUCGUCAACCACACAGGCACACCGCCGCCGUCGUUUCCUGUCGCCGCUUCAUCGAGCUCUUCAGAAUAUGACGAUUUCCAAGGAUUCAUUGUCUUUGACGUGAGCAAUGUCCCCGAGAAGGGCAUUGUGGAACUUCUUCGGAUUAACCAUCGUGGCAGGGGCGAAACUUGCCACUACUGCGAUGGAUAUUUCCACGGGUCCAGGAGCUACGUGUUCGAUGAGAGUGAUGGCAGUAGGGUCCUUGUCACUGCCAGUGGCGAAUAUGUUGUGGGAACGGACGUCGACACUGGAAAGGAGCUCUGGUCGUUUUCUCCUUCUGAUAUGAUCGAGGGCGAGAACAAAGACUGCUGCUGGUAG